AUGUCUCCUCUUACCACGAGGCAAGUCUACCUUGCGCUCUCACUCUCUAUGAUCAAUCAAUUCGCGUCGGCCUUAACCAACGCGAACGUUCUACGACUAGACCCAAGCCUCCUGUAUAACAUUCCUUCCAAUGCCUUCGCUGGCAAUGUGUCCGAGUCUUUCCUUCAGACUACGAACCUGUUCACCAACGGAACCACCGGGAACAAUUCCACUGCUAUGAUUACGAAGCCUUUUGUCGCCUAUGAUGAUGAGUUUGAGAGUCUAUUCGCAGAAAACGCGACUCUAGAACUGGUGUAUUCCAGCCAGGACGACACACCAGUCGCCGACGAAAUGGGGAUCUGGGUGUGGGAUUACAAUCAGGUGUGGAUGUCGUCAGCCAGCGUGGACAAUGUGAGCUACACAAACAUUUUGGAUCUGAGUGAUUACACGAUCACGAAGUUGGCCGUCUCGUCGAACGGCGUUCCUAUUGUCAACCCAAAUGGCGGUAGCUACGACAGUGGAAAGGUCUAUCUUGCAGGAGAUGGAAACUUGACGAUACCACCGGCAAUAUACGAAGUCGAUCCAAAGACCCACGAUGCACGUGUCGUUGUCAACAGCUACUUUGGACUACGGUUGGGGGGACCGAACGAUAUGACCUGGGCACAUGGUGGCAACAAAUCGUGGCUAUUCUUCACCGACGAGCCCCAGAGUUAUUACUACAACGGAGGUCAAGCUCCCCAGCUCCCCGACGCGACCUGGCGAUGGGAUCCCCAAGAAGAAACUCUCAUCCCUGUCAUUGACCGCACUGACAUCCUCGUCCCCAACGGGAUUCGGGUCAACAAAAACAGCACCAAGCUAUACAUUUCAGACACUCCACCCAAAUUAGUUCCCGGAACCGGGUUCACCGAGACAGGCAAUUCUGUAAUCAAUCUCGGCAGCGGCUCCGCGGCCAUUUACGUUUACGAUCUCAGCUCGGACGGGUUCCCUUCUAACAAACGCCUGUUUGGCAUCACGCAGCGCGGUAUCUCUGAUGGCAUGCAUAUUGACGAUGCUGGCCGGGUCUGGACGGCAGAGGCCGACGGCAUUGUGGUUCGGAAUGCAUAUGGCAAAGUGCUUGGGAUGAUCAAUUCUUUGGCGGUUCAAGGUGAAACUGUAGCUGAUUCUGAUCAAAGCCCUUUGCAGAACUUCGCUUUAGCGGGAGACAAGGUUAUCGUUCUAGCGUACAACAAGAUCUACCAGGUUAGAUUGAGCGGUAUGAUAGUUUCAGGGAUGACGUGA